UGCUCGCAGCCCCCCUCGCCACACACCCACACACACUCACCCACCAGCUCGCACAUCCCACUCGGGGCUGUCUCAGCGUGCGCCAUGGCACGUGCGAUAGGAGUCAUCCUCUUGGUCUCUACCUGCCUGCAGUCUUCCUUGCAGAAAGGAGUAGGAGGGCCGUUUGCACCUGCGUUCGGAGGAGGAGGAGCGCAGUACGGCAACGGCGGUGGUGGCAAUGGUUACGGUGGCCCACCAAACCCACAUGCUUUGAAGGCUGGAGGAUAUGGUCAAGGGGCAGGAGCUGGGCUUCCUUCAAGAACAGCUGGCCCUGGGGGGUACGGUCAAGGGGGUGCUGGACCUGGGGGGUACGGCCCAGGGGCAGGAGGUUACGGUCCAGGGGGAGCAAAGGCCGGUAACGGUGCAGGCGCAGGCAGGCCCAAUGGAUACGGCCCAGCGCUAGGAGGGCCAGGGGCAUUUGUGCCCAGGGCAAGGCCAAGUGUGUACGUUGCUGCGCCAAGUAGAGCUAAUGGAUAUGGUCCAGGAGGAAGCAAAGCUGGUGGUCCAGGAGCUGGGGGACCUGGGGGUUAUGGUCCAGGAGCAGGAAGGCCUGAUGGCUAUGCACCAGCAGCAGGCGGGCCUGGUGGCUAUGCACCAGCAGCAGGAGGGCCUGGUGGCUAUGCACCAGCAGCAGGAGGACCUGGUGGCUAUGCACCAGCAGCAGGAGGGCCUGGUGGCUAUGCACCAGCAGCAGGAGGACCUGGUGGCUAUGCACCAGCAGCAGGAGGACCUGGUGGUUUUGGCCCAGCAGCAAGUAAAGCCGGUGGUUAUGGUCCAGGGGCUGGGGGACCUGGGGGUUAUGGUCCAGCAGCAGGAGGACCUGGUGGCUAUGCACCAGCAGCAGGAGGGCCUGGUGGCUAUGCACCAGCAGCAGGCGGGCCUGGUGGCUAUGCACCAGCAGCAGGAGGACCUGGUGGUUUUGGCCCAGCAGCAAGUAAAGCCGGUGGUUAUGGUCCAGGGGCUGGAGGACCUGGUGGCUAUGCACCAGCAGCAGGCGGGCCUGCUGGUUAUGCACCGGCAGCAGGAGGGCCUGGCGGUUAUGGUCCAGCGGCAGGCGGGGCUAAUGGAUAUGGCCCUGGGGCUAGUAAAGCGGCAGGAGGACCCGGCGGUUAUGCACCGGCAGCAGGAGGACCUGGACAGUCUGGUCCAGGGGCAGGAGGAGCAGGCGGGAAUGGGGCUGGAGGUAAGCCUAACGGACAUGCCCCAGCAGCCGGUGGCCAACCUGGCUUUGCACCAAGGCCUAGUGCAUUUGGUCCAGGGUCAGGGGGACCUGGAUCUCAUCCAGGAGCAGGAGCUGGUGGGUAUGGACAAAAGGCAUCUGGCUAUGCCCCAAGGGCAGGGGGACCUGGUGGUUAUGCUCCAGCUGCGAGGAGGCCGAAUGGCUAUGCCCCAGCGGUAGGGAGGCAAAACGGAUAUGGACCGGCGGCAGGGAGACCUGGAUAUGGUCCAAGUUCCGGAGGAGCUGGAGGACCUGCCCCAGGUGACCAGAAGCCAGCAGGUGGCCAGAAGGCAGGUGGUGCUGGUGGGUACGGACCUGGGGCCGGAGGAGCAGGAUACGCGCCCGCAGUCGCAACUCGCUCACAGUUCUACAUGAAGCUCUCCUCUAAGUGUUCCCAAAGGAGACAACUCGUGACCAAUGGCAACGGUGGGUACGGCAGCAACGGUGGCAACGGUGGCAACGGCGGCAACGGCGGCAACGGCGGCAACGGUGGCGGCCGCUCCAACGGCAACGGUGCUGGAGCCAAUGGAGCGAAACCUUAUGGAGGACCUCAGUCGACGCCGACAGCAGCCCUGGGAGGAGGCCCGGGAGGAGCGCCGGGAGAUCACUACGGAGCCAAGGCCGGAGGGGCAGGGGCAGGGCCCGGCCAGGGAAAAGGCCAAGGCUUGGGUUCUCCUGUCGGGGCAGGCCCAGGGAUAGGGGCAGGGGCAGGCCCAGGGGCAGGCCCGGGGGCAGACGCGGGGGCAGGCGUGAAGGCAGCUAAGACAUCCUACGGUGGCAAUGGAUACGGCAAUGGCCAGGGAAAUGGCCACAACAACGGAUAUGAUAAUGGCAAUGCAGAGGAAUAUUCAAAUGCUCAGGCUAUUGUUCAGGUUAAUGGAUAUGCAAACGGUUACAAAAAUGGAGAAAAAGGAUCCACAAAUGGGAAUGGGAAUGCUAAUGGCAAUGGAAAUGGAGCUGGAUAUUCGAAUGGCCAAGCGAAUGGACAUAGCAACGGCCACGCCAAUGGGAAUGGGAAUGGUUAUGGGGCGGCCCCUGCUGAGGCAGGUUACGGGCCAGAGGCUAGUGUAGGUGCCAAGCCAGCCCUCGGUGCCGGCCACGGCUUGGGUUAUGGGCCUGGUGGGGCUGGUUACGGAAAGAGUAAGCAGUACAAGGGCUAGUGGACACGGCGUGACAAAUUCACAUAUUUCACGUGUAACAAUAUUCGCAUGAUCACAUUGAGCAGAAGUGUAGUCUGAACAGUUUCACUGUGAAAGAUAAACACACACACAGUGACACAUCAAAUGCAUUUUGAACAGUGCUGCGGUGUUUAAAUGAAGGUAAAUAUAACUCGGCAUUGCUUCAUCGUUUAUUUCAGCCAUGAAUGCUCCUGGGUAAAUUCCCAGAAGCAUUCUUGCCACAAGCCAAUGGGCAUUUGUCCGCAUUUAAAACAAAAUUAUACUUUAUUUGAUACCUAAAGGCAGUCUUCAAUCCCAGCAGCAUGUGCACAACAAACCCUUUAGAUGUGUAGUGUUCUACAUCGAUAAUCCCCAUGCACGUUUUCCCACGCAGAUGACGGAGUCAGUAGCACAGCACUAUCCCGCAGAUUUAUAUUUUUAGAUAUUUUCAGUUUGAUAUCCAUACAAAACAAAAGCCUGAAAUCCAAAAAGUAUUUGAUAUUUCGAGAAUAAACAUGAAAAGUAAUCCAACAAUAAUGAACCUUAUGGCGGUACCUCGGGGUCCCGAAUAAAUGGAAGUCAAAUCGUAACCCCCCUUGGCGCGGAUCAUUCUGUUGUCGUGUCAUGUCCAAGCGCAGCGGGGAGGACGAAUGCGCAGAAGAAACACAACUUUGAUUAGCGCAUCGUGUAGCGCUGGUCGAGAGGAAUCGAUUUCCGUGCCGUUCGCCUUCAACAGACAUGAAAUGACGUCGCAACGCAGUUCAUGCGAGAGACGGGGGCUGAUGACCUACGGGGUCCCGCCAUAAGGUUCAUAUAUUUGUAAUUUUAUUUUCUUAUUUUUAUUUAUCUGUCUUAAUUACCAUAGUCUCUACGACACAGUAUGGGCCUAUCGUGUUCAGCUCGAAUGGCUUCGGGUAGAUAAUGCAAUCAUGAUUGUUAAAUUUAGCACCCAAAUUGUGCCAACCCGUUUUGUUUUUUAUGGACCGGUUAUAGGCUCUGCGUUACAACCAAAUCCCUCGUGUUUUGACAGUCGGGAAUAUUGCUAGGCUCACAAGUCUCUCGUCAUGUUUUGACAACACUUUAGUUCAACAAACUCGUUACAUUAAUGUGCAUAACGCUGCAACAGAAGAUUAAAUCACAAUUUACAAAGUGACAACGGUAAUGCGUAUAGCGCAGACGUUCAUUGCCGCUGGAGAAUCCUUCCUGGCCCAGAUCACCGUAACCGAUUACACUUCUGAAGAUCUUGCGCUAGAACUAUCCUCAUAAUCCCAGGUGCUGUGUGGGAGCAACCAUUGGCGCUGUGUACAGCGUCGUGGCUUUGUGUCCGUCGGUGUAGUUUUAAAAUUCUACAAACAGUGAGGAUUGGCGCUUUGCUUUAACCUACCCCUUCAGUUACGUCCUUCAGUGUAAGUAUCAGUGCCAUGCAACUGAUGGCUUACAGGGAAGUGAUGUACACCUCUCCAGUUGAGUUUAUUUCUUGUGUCACGAGUGUUGUCGGAAACGUUGUGGGUGUAUGUCUUGAACACUAUCUCGAUGUUACACACACACGUGUUAAGUCAAGCAGUCUCUCAUGAAGGUAGUUUGUCUUUCAAUACUGAAAGGUGCUAUGUUACACAAAACGUGUGAUCGUGUAUGAUGCAAACAUUUAAAAAUUAAAAUUAAUUAAACGUGUGAUUUUUUUUUUAAAUGAACGCAUGUCGAUUACAUUAAGAAUUGUACAUACUGAAUGAAAUGGUAUUCACAUUAAUGAAAGCAACACUUCUUUCAUGAGAGAUGCCAUUAAUUUGGGGGUGCGUUCGGUGCAAAGGUUGUGCCCCUUUGCUCGAGGGACAGACUUGGAGCAGUUGAUUCAUCCGGCAAAACCGGGCCCUGCUCAUUUUUGGUGCUUUUACUCCACAGAAUGUUAUAGCCCUCGUUCAAAAAGACGAGCCACGUUUACUGCUCACGACCGUGACCGGUGAUCCCCCCCCCGCUCCCUGGUGUUGUCUCUAGAGGAAACAUACAGCGAGACGAAUGCAGAUUUGAAAAAAAAUAUAGAUACAUUUCGCCAGUUCUGGUGUUUGCCAGUGACUCCUCUGAUAAAGCAGUGAAUCAUGACUCACACGCGCAUGUGUGCCUCUCACGUGAAGUGCAGUGACUUGAUUGGUAGCAAUGUGUAAAAUCUCUAAAUAAAAGUGUUUGUUUCCAACAACGUCUCAAUAACUUUACUUGUCUCCUGGUACAGUGUUUACACGAUGACUUGGCCACUAUUAUAGUUUCAAAGCUUCCCUGUAUGAUUAUUACCCCAACAAAGUAAACGCAUGAGCACCCCAAACAAUACUCGUUUGGUCAAGCAGACAAGCGCGUUUCAUUCAAUUUAAAAAUAUCCGACCGUGAAACUUACAGCAAAUCACCGUUUGUUAAAUCAUCAUCCCAAAGCACUCUUAUCAUCACGCUACAACGACCAUCAGCAUGAACAUGCGUUGUGCUUGUGACAAGACUGGUGUAGUUCUUCAAGUCGUUUUUAUGACCCUUUUUGAGUCGCAUAAUUAACCGAAAAAGAACCUGAUGAUUCUUGAGCUAUGUGAACGUUUCACGUAGGGAACUGCGUCAUGAAUCAUGGUUAUACUUUGCCGCGCAAAAUAUAAAUCGUUCAAGAUCAUUGGGGACAAUAACGACAAAUGUAGAGGCCAACCAACUUCGGGAACAAGCCGGGUUUAGGAAAGGUUUCUCUACCAUUGAUAACUCGCAGACUAUAUUCAACAGAUUCUGGAAAAGCCCAAUGCAUGUCGAUAUCAUUGCGACGUGCCUCUGUAGACUAGGAAGAAGCAUUCAAGCUCUCGAAACCCAAGGCCUGAAUACGUAAUAUAUAUUUUAAAAUACUAAU